CGUAGAUCCAACACUGAAUCAUGCCAGUAGAUGUUGAGAAAUGCACAAGUCAAUUGACAGGAGCUUCUAAAAGUCGAAGGUGGCGAUGUUGGGGUUUCCCCAAAACAGUCUUAGAACGAACUUUGCUGACUAUAUUGUUGCUGAUGUCAACACUAUGCGCUAUUAUGCUUGUUUUAUUGACACGUAGCAGUACGUCCCUCCUCCCCAGAGGUAGGCGAAAUGCAGAGGUCGCAACCGAAAAUGAGUCCGUUUGUCCUGGUAUUUGUGUCACUGAGACGUGUGUCAGAGCUGCGGCAGAACUUCUUAAGAACAUGGACCCUACGGUAAACCCUUGCGAUGACUUUUAUCAGUAUGCAUGUGGAAACUGGCAUCGCUAUCACUCUCUUCCGGCUGAUAGACCCCAGUACAAUACAUUUUCUCUUAUGAAAGACAACUUGAAGACGACACUGAGAGACCUGUUUCAAGAACCAAUCACAGAGAACGACAAUGCGGCCACCGUGAACGUGAAAAACCUUUAUUUGUCAUGUAUGAAUGAAAGUUUGAUUGAGGAACGACGUGAAACGCCACUACUUGAGCUCUUAAAGAACACUGGUGAUUGGCCAGUGAUCUCAUCCAGCUGGACUGAGGAAGAAUUCGAUUGGAUAGAGACCAUAGCCAAUCUUAGGCUGUACAGAGCGGAUAUCCUCAUAGCCCAGUGGGUCGGUCCAGACACCAAGAACGCAUCUGUUCACAUAAUACAACUGGAUCAAGCAGACUUACUUCUACCAGACCGGGACUAUUACAUCAAGAACACGGAGCACCUGAAGGCAUACCUGAAAUUUAUGACAGAUGUGGCUGUUCUACUUGGAGCUGAACCAGAAAUAGCUAAACAUGAAAUGGAUAAAGUGCUGGCAUUCGAAAUCUCGCUAGCUAACGUAGCAUAUGGUAUUGAAAUGGAUAACAUUGUGGUGUCAAAUUACUUAUUGUGGAGGUUCAUCUACAAUCGUGUUAGCUAUCUUGACUCUCGAUUUUUGGAGAAGCAGCAAGAGUUCUUCGGUGCCCUCUCCGGAACGCCAUUAAAACCAGAACGAUGGAGGACCUGCACCCAUUAUGUCAAUAAAUACAUGGGGAUGGCUGCAGGAGCGCUUUACGUAAAAUCGCAUUUUCCCAGUGACAGCAAAGAAACGGCAGAGGAAAUGAUCGAAGAUAUCAAAAGAGCCUUCAUAAACAUACUGGAAGAAAUUGACUGGAUGGACAACAACACGAAACCGGUGGCAAAAAGAAAA